AUGCCUGAAGAGGCUGCUGAGCUUAUUAAGAUGAUUGCUAACAACCAAUACCUUUACUCAUCUGAUAUGAAUCUUGUGAACUCUAGGGCUCCUCAGAAGAAAGGAGUCUUGGAAGUAGAUACCUUGGAUGCUAUUCUGCCUCAGAACAAGGUCAUGUCUCAACAGAUCAAUAUGCUUACUCAACACUUGAGUGGGAUGCAGGAAACCAGAGCAUCACUCAAGAACUUGGAGGUUCAGAUGGGACAAAUAUCCACAAAAGUUGCUAAAAUUGAUCAGAGGACCACUAAUAGCCUUCCUGGUAACACAAUUCCAAAUCUAAGAGAGGAGUGCAAGUCUAUCAACUUGAUAAGUGGACAAGUGGCAAGUAUGGAAGCACAAGUUAUUGAGGAGCCAGUUGAAAAAAGAGCUCCAAAGGAGAAAAAGGAGGAGGUUGAACACACCCCACCUAGACGUGCAGAUAAUCCUUUUCCAGUUUUGGACCAAAUGCUUCUCUAUGUCAAGUUCAUGAAGGAGUUAUUGUCAAAGAAGAAGCCUUUAAAAGGAGAUGAGAUAGUGGUCUUAACCAAGGAAUGUAGUGCCAUAAUUCAGAAUAACUUGCCAAGAAAGAUGCUAGAUCUAGGGAGCUUUCAAAUUCCAUUUACCAUUGGGAGCACUACCUCUGAGAAAACCCUAUGUGAUUUGGGUGGACGCAUAAAUUUAAUUCCCUUGUCUGUGAUGAAAAAGCUACAAAUCAAAGAGGAACAACCAACAAGGAUAGCAUUACAAAUGGCAGACAAAUCUCUGAAACAUGCACAUGGAAUAGUGGAGAACGUCUUGGUCAAAGUGGGUAAGUUUUUCCUUCUAGUUGAUUUUGUAAUUCUUGACAUGAGGGAGGAUGAAAAUGCCUCUAUAAUCCUAGGAAGACCAUUCUUAGCCAUUGGGAGAGCUUUGAUUGAUGUGGAACAAGGUGAAUUAGUGCUUAGCGUGCAUAAUGAGCAAUUGGUCUUUCAUGUCUUCAAAAAGAUGCACUCAUCAGGUGAAGAGGAGAAGUGCAUGCAGACUGAACUAAUUGAUCCAAACCUUCAAGAACCCCUUGAUGAUGCACAACAGAAUCUGUAG